GAUGUCUAUUUUCGCGCAUUAUCAAAAUUAGGUCGAAUAAACGGGUCGCUCUGCUUCUGCCACCUGUAAAAGGCAACCGCCUCCCUUGUCACACAUCCUACCUUGCGCUUCGCUUCGUAAGUGCUGUGGAGAGUCACACCCUUGUGUUUAAUUCAGCAGCCGAUGUUGCUUUAAACAGAUCUGCAAUAUUCUCCACAGAUUGACAGAAUUGAGGCGCCAGUGCUUCAUUUGCGGGUUGCCAUCAAGCGUUUUUGUUUUGUUUUGUUUUUUUUUUUUUUUCCUCGAAUUUGUUAGGGUUUUGUCUUUUAUUCACCGUUUUAAAGUUGAGGGAGGAGUGCCUGCCUUUUUGGAGCAGAAUUUUCGAGAGGCUUGUUUUGCGAGGUUAGUUUGGGAAGAUCACUGUGGAGAGAUUGUUUUGAGUUGUCGUAAUACAGUGAUGGCGCGUGUUUUUGCGGCGGCGGCGUCUGUUACCACAGCGGCUGCUGUUACUCUGGCCGUGAGGAGUGGUGUAACGGGGAGUAUUACUGCUACCUGCAAGGGUGCAGUGCUACGACACGGAGGUCAAGCGUUGCAGAAGAGAGUGUUGGGUGUGAGAGCUUCUACUAAUGAGGUGGCGAUGCAGACCGUGAACGGGGUGGUAUUCGAACCUUUUAGUGAGGUGCAGGAUCAGCUUGUAAAGGUUACUAUGUCGCCGCAAUUCGAGUCGCUGGCUCGUCAGCGGUUCGCGCCUUCUUGUGAGGCUGCUAUCAAUGACCAGAUCAAUGUGGAAUACAACGUUUCAUAUAUCUAUCACGCUUUGCACGCCUAUUUCGAUCGUGACAAUGUUGGGCUUCCAGGACUUGCGCAGUAUUUCAAAGACGCAAGUGACGAGGAGCGUGACCAUGCUGAGAAGUUGAUGAGAUAUCAGAACCAACGGGGAGGCAAAGUGAAGUUGCAAACAAUUGUCAUGCCUGUGAUGGAGUUCGAUCAUCCUGAAAAAGGAGACGCUCUUUAUGCAAUGGAGUUAGCACUCGCAUUGGAGAAAUUGACCAACGAGAAGCUUCUGCAGCUGCACCAGGCUGCCUCUGAUGCUAAUGAUCCUCAGAUGACUGAUUUUAUUGAAGGAGAGUUUCUUACAGAGCAGGUUGAAGCAAUCAAAAAGGUGUCAGAGUACGUCUCUCAGCUGCGAAGAGUUGGGAAAGGACUCGGUGUCUAUCACUUUGAUCUGCAACUUCAGGAAGCUCAAGAGCCAGCUGCUGCUGCUGCUUAAGGAUUACUCGGGUUGGUCAUUUUUUCCUCGUGGUAAUGGUUGUGAAAUCGAACGCUACGGCUAUUUUUUUUUUUUUUUUUUGUUUUUUUUUUUGGAAGCAGACGAUGCGUCUUUAUAUCCUUGUUGCCUUCUGUUCUCAUUUUAAAAGGACUGGGGUUUCGCAUACAAUUUUUUUCUUCAACAUUAGGUUGAUGCGAAAGGCUCUGUACUGGCACAUACAUUGACAUAUAAGUAGACUUAAGGUUUAGUAUCUGUUCGUAGACCAGUGUUUGUCUCAUUUUUGGGAACGAAGAUACAGCCUGAUUAAGGGCUUCUCUCUAUGUGGAUGAGUAUCGAUUCAAUAUAUCACCAAUUGAGAAUUCUUACA